CACCCCAUAGGGGGACUCACUGCAUGGGGGUGAGGGCAUAGGAGUCAUCCCAUAGGGACGCCUGCCCCAUAGAGGCACCAUGUUGUGGGAUUGGGGACAUGGGGAUCACCCUAUAGAGGCACUCACCCCAAUGGGGCUGGUGCAUAGAGGUUGCCUCAUUGGGGUGGUCCCCCCAUAGGGGCACUUGCCCCAUAGGAACUGGCACAUCAUAGUCACCCCGUAGAGGCUCGUGCCCCAUACGGGCUGGUGCGUCACAGUUGCCCCACGGGGGCACUUGCCCCAUAGGGGCUGGUGUAUCCUGGUUACGCCGUAGGGCUGCUCACAGUCACCCCAGAGAGGUGCUUGCCCCCUUGGGGCUUGUUCGUUGUAGGUAGGUGCUUUGUGGUCGUGCCACCGGGGUUGUGGCGUUGUGGUUGCCCCAUGCGGUCGCUGACCCCGCUGGGAUUGUGCUUCGUAGUCUGCUGGGACCAGCGCCUGGCGCUUGCCCCACUAGGGCUGGUGUGCGGUGGCCACCCCAUGCAGACGGUCGCCCCGUUGCGGCGGGUGUAUAAUGGUCAUCCCUUGGGGCAGUAGCACCCUUGGCGGCUGUGCGUCGUGGUCACCCUGGUAGGGUUGUGCUUGCCAUCGCGGUGGCACCUGGUGCCCCGAUGCGCUCUGCAGUGUGGGGCAGAGCCAGUCCUGCCCUGUGGCAGCCCUGGGGAGGUGCCUGGAGGGAUGGGAUGGUCCCUCCAGGUGUUGGAAGGGUUAGUGUGUGCAAAGGAGGUUCAGACUGGUAUCAGGAGAUGCUCUUUCAUGGUGAGGGCAGUCAAGCGUUGGAGCGGGUUUCCCAGCGUGGUUGUGCCGUCUCCAUCCUUGGAGGUUUUCUAGUCCAGCCUGGACCCUGAGCAACCUGGUGUGACCAGAGCUGAGCCUGCCUUGAGCAGGAGUUGGACUACAGACGUCUUGAGGUCCCUCCCCACCUCAAUGAUCCUGCAACCCGAUGAAAGGGAGCUGAUCACAGCCGCAUAUGAGCUUGGAGUCGCCCACCCUCCCGGCUACCCUUUGUUCACGCUGCUGGCCAAACUGGUAAUUGGGCUGCUCCCCUUCGGGUCCGUUGCCUACCGAGUCAAUCUGCUCUGCGGCUUGUUGGGAGCAGCUGCCGCGGCUUUGCUUUUUUACACGGUUUCCAGGCUUUCUGGCUCAUAUGCUGGAGGAAUCCUUGCUGCGGGGGUGUUUUCAUUUUCUCGCCUAACAUGGCAGUGGUCCAUCGCAGCAGAGGUUUUUAGCUUAAACAAUCUGUUUGUGGGGCUGCUUAUGGCUCUCACUGUGCAUUUUGAGGAGGCAUCCACUGCGAAAGAGAGAUCAAAGAUCUCCAAAUUCGGUGCCUUUUGCUGUGGGCUGAGUUUGUGCAAUCAGCACACGAUAGUGCUUUAUAUUGUUUGUAUUGUGCCUUGGGUUCUCUUCCGGCUUUUCAGAAAAACGGAAUUGUCCCUAGGCCAUUUGCUGAAGUUGGGUUUAUGCUUCUUGGCUGGUUUGCUGCCUUAUCUCUAUCUGCCGGCUUCGUCCUACCUCAAUCAAGCCCGUUGGACGUGGGGAGACCAGACGACUUUUCAAGGAUUUUUGACCCACUUUCUCAGGGAAGAAUAUGGGACGUUCAGUCUGGCCAAAGCAGAGACAGGAUCCAGUAUGAGAGAGAUAUUGGCUUUUCAACUGACGCAGAUGAAGUCUGAGCUCUCCCUUGCCGUCCUCGCCCUGGCGCUCGUGGCCUGUUUAAGUGCAGCCCUGCCGACAAAGCAGCAGAAAUUGCCCGUGAUUUGGCUCUUCACUGGAAUGCUCUGUGUUUAUUCACUGUUCUUUGCUUGGAGGGCAAAUUUGGAUAUUACAAAACCUCUGUUUCUGGGUGUGGUGGAACGAUUUUGGAUGCAGAGCAAUGCAGCAGUCGCUGUGCUAGCGGGUCUGGGACUGGCCUGGCUUAUCUCUGUCGGAAAUGCCGUGCUGGAGAACAGCCGGGCGCUGCCGUGUCUGGAGUGGCUUUCUGCUAUCGCUCUUGUUGCUUGUCAAGUUUGUGCCAAUUACAGUGCUUGUGAUCAAAGCAGCAAUUAUGUUGUUGAUAACUUUGCAAGAAAUCUGCUGUCCUCGAUGCCGACGGGUGCGGUGAUCUUGCUAAGAGGAGACUUACCUGGAAAUGCUCUUCGUUACAUUCAUUACUGCGAAGGGAUGAGGCCAGAUAUCACAUUAGUGGACCAGGAGAUGAUGACUUAUGAAUGGUAUUUACCAAAGCUGGCAAAACAUUUACCUGGCAUUUAUUUUCCUGGGAACCGGUGGAAUCCUGUGGAAGGAGUAUUACCUGAUGGGACACUUGCUUUUAAUCUUCAUCAUUUCCUCAAAGUAAAUAAACAUAAGGAAGUGUUUGUCUGCAUAGGUCUUCAUGAAGGGGACUCAACCUGGAGAAAGAGCUACUUGCUUUGGCCGUGGGGUACUUGUGAAAAGUUGGUUCCUUCUGAAGUUGUCUUUGACCCAGGAGAGUGGAUUCGUCUUACAAGAAAUCUCUACAACUGGACUGAAGAGUACGGAAGAUUCAAGCCCUCUUCCUGGGAAGCUGUCGCGAAUGAGGAGAUGUGGCAAGCCAGGAUGAAAACAGCUUUCUUUAUAUUUGACCUUGCAGAAAGUGCCAGUGUGACUGCAGAAAUGAAAUCACAACUUUACACAUUUGCAUACGCUUCGUACAAAGAAAUUAUCAACUCUCAUCCAAAGCAUCCAGUGAACUGGCACAAAAACUAUGCAAUAGCCUGUGAAAGGAUGUUGCGUCUCCACCAGAUGGAUGUGGAUCCGGAAACAUUGCUCUCUGAAACUGUUAAACAUUUCCUUCUGUACACUGAGAAAGCAGAGGACGAUCCCCAGCGGCAGGAUAUUCUGCGGGCCGUAAAACACCUGAAGAAAGAACUGCAGGUGCUGAGGAAAAUGAAAAAAAAGGAUCUGAAGCAGCAAGCUGUAUAGAGCCUGUUUGACAUGCUUUCUGAAGUGUCACAAUUUUGAAGUUGGGAGAUAAAAUUGAAUUAGUCAUUAGCAAUAUAAGAGUGGCUUUAAAAGGCGACAGAAAUAACCGCAAAGAAGAAAUCAAGUGUGACCACCUUAGUAGAAACGUACUGUUGUUUGUUCUUUGUCUUUGCCAAAUGAAUAUUUUGUAUUGUUUUGUAUGGGGAAAGUGCAUUGCAAAAUAAACUACUGGGUUUAAAAAAGGAGAGUUUUCUUUUAAAGAAAACUGCUGAGUCUGUAAUACUGUGAAAAUUUUAA